AUGGCUGAAUAUGAACCUUUAACACCGGAUGGAGGUGGCUUUCCACCACCGCCGCCGCCUCCUCCUCCUCCUCCACCUCCUCCCCCUCCUCCCCCAGGACCACAGUUUCCUCCACCACCUCAUCUACUAUUACCCCCACCUCCUCGACUAGGACCACAGUUUCCACAGCCACCACAGGCGCCCCGACCGCCUGCCUUACCUAGGCCUGCACCACCACCUUGGCUAAUCGCUCAUCCGCCAGCACUUCGACCACCACAGCCAGCCAUGAAUAGGGUUCCAGCUUUUCCACCCCUACCUCCACCCCCUCGACCAGCACCACAGUUCCCUCCACCACCUCUACCGCCACCACCUCGUCCCCUACCUUCUCCAGGACCACAGUUUCCUCCACCACCUUAUCUACCAUUACCUCCACCUCCUCGACCAGGACCACACCUUCCUCCACUUCCUCGACCAGGACCACAGUUUUCUCCAUCACCUGCAGUGCCACAACCUUUUUCACUACCACCACCCCCUCAACCAGGACCACAAUUCCCUCCACCUCUGCCGCAGCCCCCUCGCCCACCGCCACCACCGGUCCACGUGCCUCCGCCACCGGCACCACCAAUCCCACCGCCAGCGCCAGCGGUUCCUCGACUAACUCUCGAACAGUUUGCAAUGUUGAGCGAUCCAUAUUUUGCAUGCCCAAAACCAGAUAAUAAGCGUAAAGCACGUACUCGAGAUAAAGGUUCAAGAAGUAAGUUG